CGGGGGUCCAACGGCUGGAGAGGGAGGCGAGACGCAGCUGAGAGUGUCCGAGGCUUGUGGAGGUUACUGUCCUCCGACCCGCGUGAAGGAGGUGGAGGGUCUCGGGUCUUGACUGCCAGGAGCGUCCGCCAUGAGGAGAAGUGAGGUGCUAGCAGAGGAGUCUAUCGUAUGUCUCCAGAGAGCUCUGACUCACCUUCGGGAAAUAUGGGAAUUAAUUGGGAUUCCAGAGGAGCAGCGAUUACAAAGAACUGAGGUUGUGAAGAAGCACAUCAAGGAUCUUCUGGAUAGGAUGAUUGCUGAGGAGGAGAGCCUGAGGGAAAGGCUUCUCAAAAGCAUAUCCAUCUGUCAGAAGGAGCUGAGCACCCUGUGCAGUGAGCUACAAGUGACACCAUAUCAGGAAGAAAAGGAGAUAACUGUCUUGCAGUUAGAAAAAGAUUUGCGCACUCAAGUAGAAUUGAUGAGAAAACAGAAAAAGGAGAGAAAGCAGGAACUUAAGCUACUUCAAGAACAAGAUCAAGAGCUCUGUGAAAUUCUUUGUCUGCCUCUGUAUGAUGUUGAGAGCUCCUCUGUCCCCACCUUAGAAGAGCUGAACCGGUUCCGACAACGGGUGGCAACAUUGAAGGAAACAAAGGAAUCUAGGCAUGAGCAAUUUGUCAGCAUUAAGAGACAAAUCAUAUUGUGUAUGGAAGAAUUAGAACACACUCCAGAUACAAGCUUUGAAAAAGAUGUAGUGUGUGAAGAUGAAAGUGCCUUUUGUUUAUCGUUGGAGAAUAUUGCAACACUGCAGAAGUUGCUACAGCAGCUGGAAAUCAAAAAGUCAAAAAAUGAGGCAGAGUGUGAGGGACUCCGUGCUCAAAUCCGAGAGCUUUGGGAUAGAUUACAAAUACCUGAAGAAGAGAGAGAACCUGUGGCUUCAAUUAUGACUGGAUCAAAAGCCAAAGUCAGGAAUGCGCUGCAAUUAGAGGUGGAUCGGUUAGAAGAGCUGAAAAUGCAGAACAUAAAGCAAGUGAUCGAGACCAUUCGAGUGGAGCUGGCUCGGUUCUGGGACCAGUGCUUCUACAGCCAGGAACAGAGACAGGCUUUUGCCCCUUACUAUUCUGAGGACUACACAGAAAACCUGCUUCAUCUUCAUGAUGCUGAGAUUGUACGGUUAAGAAACCACUAUGAAGUUCAUAAGGAACUAUUUGAAGGUGUCCAGAAAUGGGAAGAGAGCUGGAAACUCUUCCUAGAGUUUGAGAGAAAAGCUUCAGAUCCAAGUCGGUUUACAAACAGAGGGGGAAAUCUUCUAAAAGAAGAAAAGGAACGAGCAAAGCUACAGAAAACACUCCCUAAGCUGGAAGAGGAGCUGAAAGCACGGAUUGAAAAGUGGGAACAAGAGCAAUCAAUGGCAUUUGUGGUGAAUGGGCAGAAAUUCAUGGAGUAUGUUACAGAACAAUGGGAACUGCAUCGAUUGGAGAAAGAAAGAGCCAAACAGGAAAGACAACUAAAGAACAAGAAACAGACAGAGACAGAGAUGCUCUAUGGCAGUGCUCCCCGGACACCUUGCAAGAGACCAGGAAUGACUCCCAACAAGCCUGGCAAAGUACGCAAGAUGAACACCACCACCAUGUCCAGUGCUACACCCAACAGCAGCAUUCGGCCUGUCUUUGGAACAAUGUACCAUUCACCUGUAUCCCGACCACCUCCUGGCAGCAAGGCAGUGGCCACUUCUAUGUGUUCUGGAAAGAAAACACCUAGAGCUGCCCAGCUCAGGGCCAACAAGGAGAACAUGGAGCUCAAUGGCAGCAUCCUGAGCGGUGGGUACUCUGGCUCGACCCCCCUCCAGCACAACUGCAGCAUUAAAUCUGUUGCCAGCACCUAUUCUGAGUUUUCGAAGGACCCGUCCCUCUCUGACAGCUCCACUGUUGGGCUUCAGCGAGAACUUUCAAAGGCUUCCAGAGCUGAUGCUACUUCUCGAAUCCUCAAUUCAACCAACAUCCAGUCCUGAGAAUUCUUGACCAGUUAGCCAGCUGUGGCUUCCUGUGCCUAGACUGGACUGACUCGUUAUACUGGGGUGACUUUAUAGCUUUUCUUCAGUUUAGGUGUGUUUGAAACAACCCUGUUGUAAUACCAUGGGCCUAACUUGAGGCAUGAGUACCACAGAUGAAGCCUGAAAAUCUAGUUAUGACUGCUAGUACACAUUUUAACAUCUGGUACCUAAUUUGUUUGCUGUACCCCAUAAUUCUAUUUAAAGAAUGGUCAAGGGUUUAUUUCACUACUGUACUGAAAAAUGAGAAAAUGAUUGUGCCCAGCCUUGAAGUAUGAGACAUGAAACAAUUCUGGCCUGUAGACCUGGAAUUAGCAGUUAACAUCUUUACCAAUUUUUUAAAUUAAUGCUGUAGCUAUGGUAGCUUUGAUUUUAACCCAGAGAUCUGUGCCCCUCACCCCGCACUAUCCCAAUGAGGAUUUCUUGUGUUCUGGCAUUUGAGAUGGCUUGACCUGCUGCCAAAGAGUAGCAGUACCAGCAUUUAUAUAGGGCAAUCUCUUUAUGAAGUGUGUGUAUGAACACAUGUGCUUGUCUGACCUGUCUUCCAGCCCUGUGCUCCCUAUGCACAGUUAUUCUUGUAGUUGACAACGAAAUGGAGAGGCUUUUGGGGUGGGUUGGGCCAUUUUGGGCAUGGACAUGAGCAACUUUGCACAUCUAAAAGGCAGUGUCCCUGCAAUCACACCCACCAGGCUCUUUAAGCACCCAGAGGAUCACUACUCUUCCCAAAGCACUAUUAUUUAUUCUGUGCGUGUGCCAACACAGUAAAUGUGUCAACAUGCUGUCUUUUAC